AUGCCAUCCUUUAACGACGUCUCAUAUCAAACAUCUACUGCCACUGCCACCCACCCUCGUUCCUUCGACUCCCCCCGAAAGUCGCACGACAAAAACUCCGUCGGAAACACCUUCCUGUGGACCAACUAUCCCGACGCGAAUCACGACUCCCUCCAGAAUGACCGAUCCCUUCUGACCGAUUUCAAGAACGGCAGUGCAUACUCUCUGAAUGGCCCUCGGUCGAGUGUCAGCUCAUUCACGCGCGAUCCGCCACUCUCCAAGGACGGCAGCAUGCACUCGGUAGGCAAUGGGCCCGCCAAUCCCCGUGAGACCAGCCGGCCCUCCAUGGUGGACCGGAAACCUUCAGAUGCUGGGCCGGGAGCAGGCUCUACGACAGCAUCACCCAGUCAACAGACCAAUGGCAAUGGGAACUAUCGCCCUUUCCCCGGGAAGCUGAUGGUCAACGGGGACUCACACCGACCCUCCACGGAUGAAACUUCCAUCUCACCCUCCGCGUCGCUAUUACAGAUCCCGCAACCCGACGAAACCGGUCGUCACUCCUCCGAUACCGAUCGUUUGAACUCGACGAGGCCUGGCGGUCAGCGCCACUCCUCUCCUCCCGCCCCGGCAAUCCUCGACGGUAGUCCUAUUCCCGAGUCGCAGGGCUCUAGUAUGCGCCACCGACAUUCGUUACAAGUCCCGAGGGUGCCUAGUGUUCGUCGGGAUAGCCGGGAACUUAGCGACGAUGCCGCUUACAGCACCGGCCGGAUGUCUCCCACCUCCGGCUUCCGACGCACAUCCGUUAGUUUGAUGCGAAGAGCGACAAAAACUACCCAGCCAGAUAAUGCUGUGGAUGAGGCGCCUCCAGAUGAAGAUGCCGCUCGAUGGGCCGAGGCUAUUAAACAAAAGCGUGCAUCGCGACGCCGGCGCGAAGAGGAGGACGACGAGCGGGUGAUUGUCGGAACCAAGGUCGACCAGAACCACGUCAACUAUGUGACUGCAUACAACAUGUUGACGGGUAUUCGCUUCACGGUUUCGAGGAUCAACGCCAAGAUGGACCGGGAACUCACUUCCGCGGACUUCGACGCCAAACACAAAUUCUCUUUUGACAUUACUGGAAACGAACUGAUUCCUUCCGCGAAAUACGAUUUCAAGUUCAAGGACUAUGCACCUUGGGUUUUCCGACACCUUCGCGCCAAAUUCCGUCUCGAUCCCGCCGAUUAUCUCAUGUCCCUUACCAGCAAGUACAUUCUGUCCGAACUUGGCUCUCCCGGCAAAAGUGGAAGCUUCUUCUACUUCUCGCGCGACUACAAAUACAUUAUCAAGACCAUUCACCAUUCCGAGCACAAGCUUCUUCGGAAGAUUCUCCCCGAGUAUUAUCGACAUGUGGAGAACAACCCGGAUACUUUGAUCUCGCAAUUCUACGGACUACACCGAGUUAAAAUGGCCUAUGGACGUAAGAUUCACUUCGUCGUGAUGAACAACUUGUUCCCGCCACACCGAGACAUUCACCAGACAUUCGAUCUGAAGGGAUCGACUAUCGGCCGUGAUUUGCACGAAGCUGAUCUCGAGAGAAACCCGCGAGCCACCAUGAAGGACUUGAACUGGGUUCGUCGGAACCGUCAUAUUGAGGUUGGCCCGACGAAACGUGAGAAGUUCAUUGAACAACUCAAGCGUGAUGUUGUGUUGCUCCAAAAACUCAAGAUUAUGGAUUAUUCCUUAUUAGUAGGAAUCCACGAUGCAGCGAGGGGGAACGAGGAGAAACUGCGUGAUAAGACAUUGCAAGUUUUUCAACCGGGAGGUGACCGCGAAGAAGAUACAACUCCAAACUCGCUGAUGCGCACUCCAUCGAAACUGGAGAAUGAGCGCAAGGCCCGGGAACUUCGCAUGCUCAUCAAGCGGGAGCGCCCCGUUCCCCUGGAUAAAGCCGCGGCAAAGAUGCCGGAAGAACUCCUUGACCAACGGACACACUUCUUUUACGCUGAGGACGGAGGUUUCCGAGCUACCCAUGAGAAUGACCUUCCUGGUGAGGAGGUUUACUACCUCGGUAUUAUUGACUGUCUGACCCAUUACGGAACCAUUAAGAAGAUUGAGAACUUCUUCAAAGGUCUCUCGAAUGACCGCACACAAAUCUCUCCAAUUGCCCCAGAAGGCUACGGAGAGCGCUUCAUUAAUUUCAUCAAGGGCAUCACAAUGUCCAGAGAAGAAGCCGAACGAAAACAAGAAGCUCAACAAGCCUCAGCUGCAGCUCAAAUAUCAACUGAAAAGCGACACUCAAGGUCUUCUUCUGUGGAACGGACCAUGCAGGCAGCAGAGAAGGAAGCAUCGAAAGAUGUUUCUAUCACCCAUCCCCGCACAUUAGCCACAGUCCGGGACCCUGCGGAUGCAGCAGGCCCUGGCCCAACAUCGACUCUUCCCAUAGUUGAUGAAGCCGGCGAGGCAAGCAGCGUCGGUGGCCACAGCUCUCACAGCCGGAACGGUCCUCCCGCGUCUGACAAGGCACUCCCUCCUGUUCCUAACGAUGCUCCCCCACCACUACCAAGCAAGGGCAAGGAACCUGUCCGGGCCAACCUUCUGACUCCGACAAGUCCAGCCCGUCGUUGA